AUGGCUGCACGCUGGCUCGGACGGCUGCCCACCACUGGAGAGCCUGGAGGACUGCACGGGGACAAUGUUCGGCGACGAGGGCUCUACGUCGUCACGGCGCUCCACUCGCUCGCAGCACCGAGGGUUUCCCGCUCGAAUAUACAAUAUCUGUACAAUCUAGUGCACUUGGACCUGUCCUAUAACAAGCUCAUGGUCCUCGAGGGUGUUCACACUAAACUAGGCAACAUCAAGACCCUGAAUUUGGCUGGGAAUCAACUUGAAAUCCUGUCUGGUCUCAGUAAACUUCACUCUCUUGUGAACCUGGACUUGAGCAGUAACAGAUUAGCACAGUUGGAUGAAAUGAAGCACAUUGGAAUGCUGCCCUGUUAUUCCUGA